AUGACCUCUCGUAGCAAGCACGGACUUCCUCCCCAACUAGCCGACCUUGCAAGUGGUCUCUUGGCCGGGAAUUUAGAGGACAUCUACACUGCGCAAGAGAGAAUCAGCGCAGAAACUCCUCCUCCUGCGUCCAUUUCAAUUAAAGUCCGCACCCGGACGAUUAGCUAUCUUGCCGCGCUUUCCACGACGCUCAGGAAAGAUUAUGCCAAGAGUCCUGGCAGUCCACCACUAAAUGUCGACCUACUGCGGGAUGCCUGGCCAAAUGUCUGUCUAUGGAUACAGAAAGUCUACAACUCGUUCUCCGAUGUCGAAGACUACAAGAACGAUGAUUGGGAUCUCAUGACCGAGGUCGUCAAAAUGAUAUUCCAAAUCAUUGUGUGUUACCCCGGCAUGCGCCAAGCUAUUCUUUCCAAAACGACCUUGACACAAGUCAUUGGACUCCUCACUCAUCUGUGGACCCUAGAAGGCGAAGGCCGCGUCUCAGUCAUGCCGAUCGCCUCAUAUAGCGCGACCAUAGCCCUCCGGGCCGUCCUAGGACUCAGCAUCUUAAAGCCUAAUUCCGAGUCACCCGAGUAUGAACCUGACUUGACCUUUUUUUCGGUGUUCUCAAAUCGCUUCGAACAUCCCAAGGACUUAGUCCGACUGCUCCUCACUCAUCUCAACAACGCUGUCAACAAACACGCCGACUUCGAAUACAUUAUGGCUUCAGUCGAAGUGAUGAGUCUCACACUGGCAAGAAAGAGCGAUGAUAUUUCUCGGGAGUUUGUCAGCCAAACUCCAAUCAAGUUGAUCCUUUCCGUACUUGAUUGGGCUGCGGAAUCAAAGGGGCCUAUGCAUAGCAUCUCGCACAUUGUAGAGAGAUGUUUAGGCGUCAUCGACUCCAGCAGGAGUGUCACAAACGGGACCAUCUGGUACUGCCAGCUUCUUGCAGCCGAUAUUCUCCCUAUCAUCUUUCGAUGUCACCGUUUCUAUGACGCGAAAAAAAAUCCUGAAUCGUCCGCAUAUAUUCUAAAAGGAGUCACCAAAAUCAUACACUUGUUCACGGACUCUACGUUCUCUCGAUCUUUGGUCGGUCACGCAAAGCGCGCCCUCCACCGACUUCCCUCUGACCAACUCCACCAUCCUCCGUUUAGUGGUGCUUUGUUAGCCGACUGGAACACUUUCACGACAUUGGUGGCCGAACGAGUUGCUUUCAAGACUGAAUACGACCUGCGUGAAUGGAAAAGGUGCUUUCAUCCCAUGUGCCCGAGUUUCCAACUUGAACUCAGCAAAAACUCGAAACUUAAAGCCUGUGGAGGCUGCCAAGGCGUCAAAUACUGCUCAAAAGCAUGCCAGAAGGCCCAUUGGCCCUUGCACAAGCGUUCUUGCUCUCCAGAUAACAAGCCCCCUGCAACGCUUGCGGAACGCAUGACUCUGAUGGCGCUGUCAUAUGAUGACAUGCGCUUCCUCUUAGCUUUAGCCCGCCGAGAUGUCUUGACCGCGAAACCUCAGCUGAUCGUCCAACGAAAGUCGAUUCAAAGUACCAGUGGCACAACGCUGGGUUCCGAAAUCUACGAUGACCCCUUGCUUAGAAAAUUUGCUCUGGCUCGUAUACCAUUCUAUGUCGAGCUAUAA